UUCACACACACAGUGAGCCAACACAGUCAGGAGUGCGAGAGACAGCAAUGGAGAGGUGAAGAACGGACUGUGUUCUUUGUUAUUUUUAAACUCGUAUGUUUCGCAUCCAUGACAUAAUUCACCCUUAGCAGCAUACGCAAGUAAUCCCGAUGCACUCGAAAACGGAAAGUAGGGUUUCACAGGAGGAAUUCUUUUGCUGUGGCAUUAGUAGAACUCUGGAUCUGAUUCCCGCCGGGCCGCGGCAGCAGGGCAGCAGCAGCGGUGUGCAUGGAUGCUGCGAGCGUCAGCAUGAGCGGGAGCGAGAAGCGGGCCGGCUACCUGGCGGACCUGGUCGGCGGGGGCAGCUUCACUGAGGACGCCCCGCGGCCGCCUGUGCCCGGCGAGGAAGGCGGUGACCUGCUGCCGGGCGAUGGCCGGCAAUAUGUCUGUGUCGGCGGGGGCGGUGGGGGUGGGGGUGGCCACACGGGGCACCACGGCGGCUACUACUACGUCUCCAAGAGCGAGAGCCUGCGGAGCGAGGCGUCCACGGCCACGCCGCGCCGGCCGGACCUGGACCUGGGCUACGAGCCCGAGGGCAGCGCCUCGCCCACGCCGCCCUACCUGAAGUGGGCCGAGUCGCUGCACUCGCUGCUGGACGACCAGGACGGCAUACACCUGUUCCGCAAGUUCCUGAAGCAGGAGGAGUGCGCCGACGUGCUGGACUUCUGGUUCGCCUGCACGGGCUUCCGCAAGCUGGAGGCGGUGGACGGCGGCGGGAGUGGCGGGGGCGGGAGUGGCGGGGGCGGCAGCAGCGGUGACGAGAAGCGUCUGAAGCUGGCCAAGGCCAUCUACCGCAAGUACGUGCUGGACAACAACGGCAUCGUCUCGCGGCAGAUCAAGCCGGCCACCAAGAGCUACAUCAAGGACUGCGUGGCGCGGCUGCACAUCGACCCGGCCAUGUUCGACCAGGCACAGACGGAGAUCCAGACCGUCAUGGAGGACAACACCUACCCGCUCUUCCUCAAGUCGGACAUCUACCUGGAGUACACGCGCACCGGCGGCGAGAGCCCCAAGCUCUACAGCGACCAGAGCUCGGUGUCGGGCAAUGGCAAGGCGCUGCCGGGAUACCUGCCCACGCUCAACGAGGACGAGGAGUGGCGCUGCGGCGAGCAGGAGCUGGAGCGCCAGGAGCAGGCCGAGCGGCGGGAGAGCAGCGAGCCCACGCCCAGCAGCCGGCUGACGGAGAAGCUGCUCCUGGACACGGCCCCGCAGCGGGUGGUCAGCGCCAAGCGCUACCAGGACGGCCGUGAGUACAGGAAGUGGAGGGAGCCCAUCAACCCGUACUAUGUGAACACGGGCUACGCUAUGGCCCCCGCCACCAGCGCCAACGACAGCGAGCAGCAGAGCAUGUCCAGCGACGCGGACACACUCUCACUGACCGAUAGCAGUGUAGAUGGGGUCCCACCCUACCGAUACCACCGUAAACAGCAUCGCCGAGAGAUGCACGAAAGCGCCAAAGCUAACGGGCGAGUGCCACUACCUCAUAUUCCUCGCACGAACCGGAUGCCAAAGGAUAUCCACGUGGAGCCGGAGAAGUUUGCGGCCGACCUGAUCAGCCGUCUGGAGGCCGUCCUGAGGGAACGCGAGGCCCAGGAGAGGCUGGAGGAACGCCUUAAGAGGGUUCGACAGGAGGAGGAAGGGGAUGAUGCUGACGUCUCGGCGGCCCCGUCCCUGUCGGGCCACCGUCUGCCUCCGCCCUCCUCGCUGCACCACGUGCCGCCCUCUCACUACGGCGCACGCUACGCCGAGUGCUCCUACAACGGCCUGCCGCUACCCGUACCUCCUUCCGCCUCCGCCGCCGCCCUGGGCCGCGACUCCCACGAGGAGAAUCCCGAGAGCAUCCUGGACGAGCACGUGCAGCGCGUCAUGAAGACGCCCGGCUGCCAGUCGCCCAAGUCGCGCUCACCUGACGGACUCUCCGCCACCUUCGCCAAGAUGCCCGGCGGCGGCGGCGCCACCCCUGCAGGUGGUGUUGGGGGGGGCGUUCUGGGCGCGUCAACAACGUUACCCAUGGGCCUGCCACCCAUGGGCAAGCACCUGCCGGGCCGACUCGGGCCCAAGGGCGGGGAGAUGCCGGGCGCUGGGACGGCGGCGGUAGGGGCGGCGGCAUUGUCCUCGUCACACCUGUACGCCAAGCACAUGCUGCAGUCGGGCUCGGGGUCGGGGGUGAGGCCCAAGGAGCAGCUGGAGGCUGAGGCGGUGGCCGCCGCCAUGAGGGUCCAUGGGGCGGCAGCAGCAGCUGGAGGAGCAGGAGCAGCAGGGUACGGCUGGCAGGCAGCCGAGCAGCACCACUACAGCAAGGGCAGGAACUACGCCGACGGCAUGAUGGCCGGAUCCUGCGGCAUGGAGUUCAUGGCCUACGGCAGCAAAGGCAGCACGCUGACCAAGCGGCCGUCCAAGAAGGGUGAGGACCCGCGCAGCCUGGAGAUCCCCGUGGGCUCGGAGGAACUGGACCGCACGCAGCAGAUCCUCCAGUGGAUGAUGGAGGGGGAGGCCGUCCGACACAAGAAGAGCCCCUACGGGAGCAUAUCGGGCACCAAGAAGAGUCAUGAGACGUCGCGUCCCAGCUCGGUAGAGCGGCCGGGCGCCGUGCACCCCUGGGUGACGGCCCAGUUCAGCCGCGGCAGCAACGUGCAGCCCUCGCACCCCUUCAUCCAGGACCCCACCAUGCCGCCCAACCCCGCGCCCAACCCCCUCACCCAGCUGGAGGAGGCGCGCCGCAGGCUGCAGGAGGAAGAGAAGAAGAAGAGCUCCACGCUGCAGAGCAAGCAGAGACACAAAGCGGUGAAGAAGCAGCCGUGCGAGAAUAUCAUUGUGGCCUACUACUUCUGUGGAGAGCCCAUCCCCUACCGCACCUCUUCUAAAGGGAGGAUAGUCACACUGGGCCAGUUCAAGGAGCUGCUCACCAAGAAAGGGAGCUACAGGUAUUACUUCAAGAAAGCGAGCGAUGAGUUCGAUGUUGGGGCUGUGUUUGAAGAGGUACGUGAAGACGAUGCAAUCUUGCCCAUCUUCGAGGAGAAGAUCAUCGGGAAAGUGGAGAAGAUCAACUGAGCAAAGAUGGACAAAAGAAGAAGAGAGUGUUGCGAACGAGUGUAUGUGCAUGAGAGGAGAGGAGGGGGAGCGAACGAACGCGAGACAGAGAAGAAAGAGAGAUGAUGGUGAGUGUGAGUCAGGUAGAUGGGGGUGUUUUGGUUGAAGGAUGGCAAGGUAGGUGAGGUGAGGUGAAGUAGGGACGUAGUGCUGGAAGGUGAUGGGAGUGCUGAAAUGGACUCCGAGAUGGACGCGUCGGCGAGAAAAGGGAAAAUGGGUGCUGCAAGCAGGUGCUGAGAAAAUGGUCCAGUGAAUGUGUGUGUGUGAAGUGAAAAUGUUUAAGCACUAGAGGCAGAGAGGGAGAACAAGGGGGAGUAAGCGCGAGCUAGAGAGAGAGAAGGGGGUAGGGGGUCGUGCACAUUCUAGAGGGAAAGGACUGUCCCUCUCAUGGGUCACGAUGAUGACUACAUGUAAUGGCUCCAGUGGGCCUCCUCUCAUUGCCCCUCCCAGGGCAGCUGGAAUAUAACCCCCCCCCCACUCCCCCCAACUGCCUAUGGGGCAUCGCUCUAGCCACUCCUGCCCUGUGCUAGAGAGCGGAAGCAAUAUCACAUGGAUGAAAUGAACAGAGACAAUAAAAAGGAGGAUGAAUUGAACAGAGGAAUCAAAGGAAGGUGAUGGAGGAGGGAGGGUGGGAAUGCGUAUUCUUACCUUUUUUGGUAUAUUUCUAACUGAAAUGUAAUGUAGCAUUGCGAAAGACAAAAAAUUGACUAGGACAAAAAAAAGCAAAAUUACUAUGAAUCUGUUUACUAAAGCUGCAUAUUUUUGAUAUGAUGUUAUCAGACGGAAGGUAUCCUUUCUAAUGUAACAACUUGUAAUUUUUUUUUAUAUGUACCUGGUACCAGAUGUGUACAGAUUGUCUGUUUUAAAACAAGAGAGUUAAAAAAAAAGUUUUAUAUCUAUUUAAAUAUUUAAAAAAGACAAAGCUAUUUGGUUUGAAAAUCUUAUUAUAAAGCUGUGGCACAGUAUCUGAGGUUUUCUCUCAGGGCUUUUAUUUCUGGAGCCCUCGUAGGGAACCUAGACACCAUAGCCCCCUUGUAUUUACCAAGUGCUUUUAACCCCUGCCCCCAACCUAACCCAACCCAACCCAACCUUACCCAAACUAACCCAGCCACUUGUAAUGAUUCUGCUUGUUAAUCGGCAAAUGGUCGAUGGAAAGGCAUUAAGUCCCGGCUGCACUUGUCAUUGCGUUGAGAGGACAAAAAGGAAAGUCGCCUUGAGACGCUCUCGCGCUCAACUCUGCCUUCUGUAGUAGCUAACACCGAAUAGGAUGUUUUGUUGUUGUUUUUAACAGAAAACUUGCACAACAUGCAUUGCGUGUACUUGUGUGCCAGCCCCAAAGUGUUUAGCUAGGUCUGAAGAUGAGGUGCAAGUGGCUGACGAGCAUUUUAAGCAUUUGUCAAAAUAAGACACUCACCCGUGUCCUCGCAAAAACCAGGGGCCAAGUACGGCUUUACACCCUCAUUUCCCCAAGUACUUAAAAAUCAAAUCCCCCUCAUUCAGUUGUGCACCCGAGCAAAAGACAAAAACGUAGUGCUGGGAUGGAAGAAUCAUGGCUUCAUCCCGCUGUGGGUGGCUGAAGUUGAAAAGAAGCGAGCGUGAGAGCACCCACUUGAGGACACCUAAACAUGAGAUGUCAGCAUUUACUUAACCUUAGGGCUCCUGCGGCCAUCUUGAAGUGCUUGUAUAUCUUUCAUAUGCUGUACAGCGUGUAUGGAAGAUGAGUGGCCUGUUGAAGUAUCAGCAUUUGUGAAGAGGUGAUGGUGGUGUUUUUUGUUUCUUUUUAUUUGUUUUUGUUUUUCUUUUGUUUCCUCUUUUUUUUGUUUUUGUUUUUAGGAUGUGAGUUGUGUGCAGGAGGCCUGUGUCGUGUUGAGAACUUGCAGGCACCUUUAGAGGCGUUUCAAUGAGAUCUUUAGGGUCCAGUGUCAAAGAGUGCCAUUGGAUGAUUCAAUUGUCAUGUUUACGCUUACCUUAAUGUAUUAAGACAUAAAAAAGAAAAGAGCUGAACUAAAUGAACGAAUUGUAGCCUUUUAGCUUAAUAUGGCUAAAUAUGGUGCCUGGUUGGAACGUGUCAUGAUAACGAAAAAUUCUAGCCUAAACAAAAUGUCUACUUUUUGUUUUUGUUUUCUACAGAUCACAAACACCAAAGACAACAAGGGUUAAUGUUUCCCACCCAUUUUGAAAUUAUAUUUCUUAUUUUCUGUAUUUCCUCAAAAUUAUAUUUUGAGCAAUCCAAACCCAGUCAUAAAUAUAUACUCGUAUACUUGUGUCGAAGAUCUUGCACAUUAUUAUUUGAUUGAUAAUGCUUAAAUAGGGAGGUAGAAUCGGUGCCAGAUGGAGAGUGGUCAUUUGUGGUAGUAGUGUUUACAACUUGGGGGUGGGGGGUAAAACUGGUGGGAAGAAUCACAGGAGGUUGUACGUUGAAUGGGCUGCAACUCUCAGUAGGCACUAUAAAAAUAUGGAGCUUUUCUUU